AUGUGGCGCCCUCAGGUUGUAUACCAUGUCACCGCGGUGUGCUCUCUGUUACUUCUUCUCUCCCAGAGUUCUAACGCAUCUGAAGGGAACAGUAUCUCGCACGCAGGUGUUCUUGAUUCAGUAAUAAAACCUCAUUCUCAACAGCAUGGCCUACGACGUGAAGAGGGCCCACUUGAAGGCUCGCAAGCUUUAGUGGAGCAACAAGCCCGGGGAGGGGCAAAUCAAUCAGACGAAGAUGUAGAGCUCGAAUCGAGCGAGCUCAACGCUGGCACGGAGACAACUCCCAGCGAACAUUCGAACGAAGAAAUUGGACAGGCGCUGGAGCGGUUUCUGACAGUGGAAAGGGAAGCACUGGAAGAGCUACAGGAACAGCUUGAUGCGUCUUAUGAAGGAGAGAAGCCUAGCGGAACCGCUAACUUCCUGCAGGCGAACAACGUGGAGACACCCCUUGAGGUGUCCAAUACGCAGGCUGAGUUGCCUGGCCAUAAUACUAGCGCUGACAGGUUUGAUGGGACACAGGGAGAAGAGGAACAGGAGGAACAGACGCUAGAGAGUAGACGUCAUGCUGGAUCGAGGUUUAAAAGGUUUAUUGACAAAGCAAGAGAUAGUGCAAAGCAUGCCCUUAAAAAAUUGAAAGCAGAAGGUCAUAACCUGGCAGAAAAUGUAGAAGAUAUGGCGCACGAUGCCAAGAAAGGACUGCGUAAUGCUUGGGAAAAAACUAGUGACGCGGUUAAACGGGGUUUGAAGGGUGCGAAAUCACGCUUAACGGAUACCGUUUCUCGGAUUAGAGACAAAAUGCAUAAUGAAGGGAAAGAGGGUGCAAACGCAACCGACGAGGAAAGUGGUCUUACCCACUCAACAGCAGAGAAUUAG